UAGUCUGCAGCAAUGUUCACAUUUCUUUCUGAUUGCUAACUGGAGGUACAUCUAGAGUAAAUUAAUAUUUGCUAACAAAGUGAAGGACAACAGGCCUCAAAAAAGGCUGCUAGAGGCACAAGAAUGUGGCACAAAAUUCAGAUAUUGCUCUUAUAUUGCCUUGUAAGUGAAAUUUUGAUGGCAAAAAGGCUUGAUUCUAGAAGAAAUUAUCCCCAAGGACUUUACUCUGUAGAAGACAGUGGACCUGMUAAGUGGAAUAGAACUAAAAGGAGUCUGUAUCAGGGAAGGUCCUGCAGGAUACGAGGCUGCUGCACUGGAAGAGAUGAUGACUGCAGCUUUAACAUUGUCUCCAGAGCAGCUAUAUGUUACUGUGACCAGUACUGUACCUCAGGCUCUCCUGGGCCUGUAGACUGUUGUGCUGACUACUGGGAUGUCUGCAACCACCCUGUGGAGCCCACCAGGUCAGAGGAGCCUUGGCCACCUCCAGCAUGGGGUUGUUAUAAAGAUGGCCGAUAUUAUGGAGAAGGAACAAUAAUUAAAGACAACUGCAAUUCCUGCAAAUGUUUCAACAGUCUCUGGAAAUGUUCAACAGACRUCUGCCUUGUUCGCCAAGACUUAAUUCAGCGCAUCAAUUCUGGAGAUUAUGGAUGGAAAGCUGACAACUACAGUCAGUUCUGGGGAAUGACAGUGGAAGAAGGUUUCAAAAAGCGCCUGGGCACCUUCCCUCCAUCUCAUUCUUUGCUGAAUAUGAGAGAAGCUCCAGGAAAGUCACUUCCAGAAGAAAAGUUUCCUGCAAUUUUUUCAGCCACUUAYGAGUGGCCUGGGUGGAUUCAUGAUCCUUUGGAUCAACGAAACUGUGGAGCAUCCUGGGCUUUUUCAACUGCAAGUGUUGCUGCAGAUAGAAUAGCAAUUCAGUCAAAGGGUCAGAUCACAGACAACCUUUCUGYUCAGAACUUGAUCUCCUGUGAUACCAGGAAUCAACAUGGGUGUAAUGGUGGAAGUAUUGAUGGUGCUUGGAGAUACCUGAAAACACAUGGGGUUGUAUCUUAUGCUUGUUAUCCAUCAUUUUGGAACAAACACCUUGGGCCAUCAGCUGAGAAACACUGUUAUGUGUCAAGUGAAUAUGGAAAAGACUAUACAAAUGGGCCAUGUCCCAAUGCUUUUGAAAAAUCCAAUAGGUUAUACCGGUGUGCCUCUCACUACAGGGUAUCCUCAAAAGAAACCGAUAUAAUGAAAGAAAUCAUGGACAAAGGACCAGUGCAAGCAAUAAUGAAAGUGUAUGAAGAUUUUUUCCUUUACAAAGAGGGAAUAUAUCGACACUCCCAUACAGCAGGAUCUAAAUGGAAAACUCAUUCAGUCAAACUCCUUGGGUGGGGAGCAUUACCUGACAAAARUGGACAGAAGCAGAAGUUCUGGAUUGCUGCAAAUUCCUGGGGAAAAUCUUGGGGAGAAAAUGGUUAUUUUAGGAUUCUACGUGGACGAAAUGAGUGUGAUAUUGAGAAGCUGAUUUUAGCUACUUCAGGACAGCCAUAGUUCAUCUGUACUACACUCUGCCUGAUGUAUCUAUUCUUUCCAUUGUUGCAUAUUGAGUCUUUAUAGGGAAAUUAUAAUGUCUUCUYUUUAAGUUACCUUUCUAUUAGCUCUUCUCAGGUCUUGCUGACUUGAACACACUACAUACAUCACAGCACUYUUGGAUCUCUGGUGCAAACGUCCCUUCAGACUAAAAGCAUGUUGUAUCCAUGACUACUGAAAAUCUUGAUGUUUCAGGGAGCAGGAAGUUCCCUCCUGAUUGAACAAUACCUGAAAUAAAUGGAGUUACACUGUWAGCAUUAAUCUCUUUACAACAUAUACUCCAAUCAGAAAUGACUUCAAAAAUAUUCUGUGCUCUUCCAAAUAAAAUUGUUUCAGGCAGCUCAUGAUCAUAUUGGAUAAUAAAUUCCAAAGAAAUGUAAGUAGACUUCUGAUCCUGUAGCUGAAGRAUUAUUUCCUAUACACCUUACUUACAACUAAGUAGAUAAGUUGUAUCUAUGUAUYAAUAUCUCAUCCAGGAAAUUAGAUUUUUUUCUAGUAGAUCCCACAACGUUGAUGCAUUCAGUGUAAUACAAAAAUAACUUGCAGAGAAACAGUGUGUUCCUGUUCCUGCAACCACAACCAAAACUGUAUCAUUUUAAUAAUGUUUUAAUUUAAAUAAAAUAAAGAAGAAAAUGUUAUUUCUCCUCAAUUCAGUCUAGACAAGACUAAUUUCCGAACUAUUUGUCUUCCAGUCUCUGUUUAACCUGAGAACAGGCACGUGUCAACCUUCCCAAAAGUCUGUUUCAAAUAGAAAAAGAUGGAAAAGACAUUCGAUUGUUUGUCUAUACUGCAAUAUCUGUAAUCCAGGUGCAGUUCCUGGUGCUGAUCAUCAAGUGCAAAUGAGACACCCAGAAAUCCUAAUGCUUGCAUAGCUUCUGUCUGAAAAAGCAGCUUUUUGACCUACAUGUCCUCCUAUAAGUAUUGCUGAAAGUCUUGACAGGUUUGAGGACUGUUUUGUUUAGUUUUUAAUUAAAACAUAGUUAUCGCAACUAUUGACACAAGAAUAAAUCAAAUAUUUUCUACUCCUUUCAAUUCAUCCAAAGGCCAAAUGCCAACAGGAAUAAAAUUAUCUAUGAAAGAAAACAAGGCACGUUAAAAAACUGGGGUGGGGAAAGCUGGAAUAAAAUUUCAGUGAAUGAAGAAUUUCCAGGGACACCUUCAGUGUAUUUAAUAGAAUAUGUUCAUUUUUUCCUAGAAUAAGAACCUGAUUUCUAAUAUCAUCACCAAGUUGCUUCAAGAACUUUUAUGGUGGUGGCAUUACAACAGGCACCCUUGCCUCUGAAAUAACAUCUCUUAAACUAAAGUUAGGUGACAAUUUAUAUUGCAUCACUACUAAAGGAGCAAUUGUUAAAAUGUCAGUACCAUACUGCAGGACCGCAAGAUUUCUGUGGUAUCUAGUGUCAUAKAGUAAUCUGMAUUUAGACACAAAACCCCUUUAUUSCUUGAAAUUUGUAGCCAAUUGUAACACAAGCAAUUUUAGAAGCUCUAAACGCUCUGAGAGAAAUAACUCUUCUAGUUUUAGUGAGCUAAGCCAAACCUGAGAGGAAAGUGUACUGAAUCAUCUGUACAUAUCUUCCCCAACCUCUUGGUUUGUAUUGAUUCCAUAAAUGUCAAGUCCUCAAAAAAGUAGAAUUUAACUUUGGCRUGAAUGACACUGUAGUCAUCCCCCUCCCAGUAAACUCGAGGAGGGGGUAGAUUGUUCAAUUCACUUCAAGUGGUUUGCACUGCUGCAGCUUUUAGUUUUGACAGUGGCUGUUGCUGCUCCUGAUUUGCUUACGAGGUCUUCCUAAAAUCUGUGMUGUAAUGUUAAGCUUCUUCAGUAAUGACAAAAGUCAGAAUUACUUUCCUAGAUCUUUACCUGAUCAAAUGGUCACCAUGGCUUGAAGAAAACAAAUGAAAGAAACCCAACUAUAUUGAAGCAAUUGAAUGGUUUGGAAAAUGGUACCACUUUCCCCACSUUCUGGAAUUAACCUUUUGUGACCAUACCUUUCGGUUGUUAUAUAUAUGGAAAAUGCUAAUUUUCUGUUUUUCCAAGCGUAUAAAAAUGAGUGUCUGGUAUACUGAAGGUAAUACAUGAAGACRUUUCAGAUGGCUUUAAGUGAAAUUMAUUUAAAAUUAAAAUGGCCAACCAGCCACUAAAUGAAUCCAGUUAUUUUCACACUA